GCUGCCCCGGGAACCUGACUCGGCCGUGAAGCUCCUCCGGCCCCGCCGGACAGGAUACUGAAGUUUUUGCGAGGUUUGUGUGCAGGGUCACCUGCUAAAGUGAGUCAAACUGAGGCACAGCUGAAGCCUGAACCUUGGAGCCCACCAGGCUGAAUCUCUUGUUACCUGUGGUCACAAGGAAGUUAUUUGUCCCUGUCUUGGGAAGGCCGGAAGAGAAAUUUAAGCCGAGAACCUCAGCGCUGGAGAUCAUGGAUAAAUUUGAUGUGAUUAAAGUCAUUGGGGAAGGUGCCUUUGGAAAAGCCUACUUGGCUAAAGGGAAGUCAGACAGCAAGCACUGUGUCAUAAAAGAGAUCAUUUUUGCCAAGAUGCCUAGCCAUGAGAAGGAAGCUUCGGAGAAAGAAGUGAUUCUUCUGGCAAAGAUGAAACAUCCCAACAUUGUAACCUUCUUCAGUUCAUUUGAAGAGAACAACAGGCUGUUUAUUGUAAUGGAAUACUGUGAUGGAGGGGAUCUCAUGAAAAGGAUCCAUAGGCAACAAGGAGUGUUAUUUGGUGAAGAUCAGAUCCUGGGUUGGUUCGUACAAAUUUCUCUUGGCCUAAAAUAUAUUCACGACAGGAAGAUAUUACACAGGGACGUAAAAGCUCAGAACAUUUUUCUUAGCAAGAAUGGAAUGAUUGCAAAGCUUGGGGACUUUGGUGUAGCAAGAGUCCUGAACAAUUCCAUGGAGCUUGCUCGAACCUGUAUUGGAACCCCUUACUACUUGUCCCCAGAAAUCUGUCAGAAUCAGCCAUACAACAACAAAACGGAUGUUUGGUCUCUUGGCUGUGUCUUAUAUGAACUCUGCACACUCAAGCAUCCAUUUGAGGGGAACAACCUUCACCAGCUGGUUCUGACAAUUUGUCAAGCGCGCGUCGCUCAGAUAUCACCCAGGUUUUCCCGCGACCUCCGGUCCCUGGUCCCUCAGCUCUUUAAAGUUUCACCCCGGGAUCGCCCUUCUGUCAAUUCCAUCUUGAAGAGGCCCUUUCUAGAGAAGCUCAUCGCCAAGUACUUGACUCCCGAGGUCAUUCGGGAAGAAUUCACCCCCACGCUGAAGCCCAUGAGGAGAGCACGGUCCUUAGCUGCACAACCUGCAGGAAGAGCGGCCCAGGAUUCUAAAGUGCAGAAAGUGAGAUUUCAGGGGAAGCAUCCACCAAGAGCAAGGAUAUCAGUGCCAGUUAGAAGGAAAGAAGACAUGCUACACAGGAGUGAAUGGAGGCCACCAGGUGGAGCCCAGAAGCCCGCAGCUAUAAAAGUGAUAGGAAGACCCAAACUUGCUGCAGUUUGUGGACAUUAUGAUUUUUAUUAUGCUGAACUUGACAUUUUGAGGAAGAGAGCCCAUGAGGCUAGUCAUCACUGUGUUUCUCAGGAAGACUCUAGAAUUGAGUGUCACAAUACGGAAGAAAGUCAUGGCCCAUCACCUGCUCAGUGGCCUGCGGAGUUCCUUCAGAGGAAAUUUGAAGCUCAACAAUAUAAAUUGAAAGUAGAAAAGCAAUUGGGUCUUCGUCCAUCUUCUGCUGAGCCAAACCACAGCCAGACCACAGAGCUGAGAAGCCAUGGAGAAGAGCCUAGAGUGCAGGAGCUGCAGUUUAGGAAAAAGGAAAUGAAAGACCAGGAAUAUUGGAAACAGUUAGAGGAAAUACGCCAGCAGUACCACAAUGACAUGCAAGAAAUUAGGAAGAAGAUGGGGAGAGAGUUGGAGGAGAGCUCCAAAAUCAGCCACAAGACCUAUCUGGUGAAGAAAAGUGCCCUGCCUGUUGACCAAGAUGCUCCUGAGGGGGACGCACCUGUGCAGGACAUUGAAAGAGCCUUGAAAAAUAUUAGGCUUGAGAACAUAAAGGAAAGUGAAAUUCCAGAAAAGAAAUAUAAAGCUAAGAGAGGGGUAAAGUUCGAAAUUCAUUUAGAUGAGUGUUUAUCUGAUGGAUACACUGUCCAAGAGGAAGAGACAACGGACAUACUAAAUGAAACUUUGACCUUUGAGGACAGCAUAAAGUUUAAGGGAUAUGACUGUGGAAAGGACCUUGAAGAUGACCUAGACAAAGCCUUGGAAAAACUCUGUAGCCCGGAAGCAGAGCGUUUCACUCAGGGUGCUGCAGCUGCAGGAAACAGGAGGCAGUGGGAUUGCAGAGCGCCUUGGACUCUACUGCAAAUGAUGGCAGCAGCCGACAUCACUUCUACCUGCCCUACUGGUCCUGACGAUGGCCAAGUUAUUGUGAUGGAAAGUAUUCCAGAAAGUAGGAAGCAGUGGCAGUAUGAAGCACCAGGAACCUUAUUGAGUGUUUUGGCGGCAGCAGAUCUAACAAGUAGCUCUUUUUCUGCCGGUGAAGGAGAACCUGUACGAACACUGAAGCAAUGGCUUCCGGGAGAAGAAGACGUGGGGAAGGUAGAAAUGGCUCCCUGCAUUGAAGCAGCUGGGGAACCGCUGGAGCCAGCAUCUGACGAUGAUGACACAAAUUUUGAAGAAUCUGAAGAUGAGUUGAGAAGCGAAGUAAUAGAAUCCUUUGAAAAGCUUGCUACUUUCAAAGGAGGAAACAUGGAGAAAAUUCCCCAUAUCUUUAAGGAUGCUGCAAUGUCAGGAGAGAGAAGGCGGUUAAAUGUAACAAAAUCUGAUGAAUUAAGUGAAGGUGUAGAAGCUGUUUCUAGUCCAGCUAAUGACCAAAUUUGUGUUGCUGGUGAGGACUAAAGAACAACAACCUACUCUACCAUUAAGAAAGAAACCUGAGUCAUUUGUAGGAAAAUGGAUGCAUUUGAGACCAUAAUGUUAAGUGAAAUAAAUC